GAUCCUUAAUAGUGCGCCGCUCGUAUGUAUAAGGGUUUGGUAUAAUAGGAGGCCAAAACAUUAGGGGUUAUCAGAGAUUCGGUCUAUGGACUAUAAUAAGAUAUCAGUUCGUCACCUACCAUUCAUCAGUUCUUCAUUUCGUCGGUUGGAGAUCGCUGGCUUGACCUCGGGUGGAAGUUGUUGAUGCACGAAGUCUGAUAGCAUAAUGGCUGCCUUGGCCUUACUUGUUCUCUUCUGUGGUAAGUAAGCAAUAAAAUGCAUUUAAAAUAUGAAGACGUGCUUUUCUUUAGCAACAAUUAGAAUGCUCAUACCAAAUAUAUCAUGUUUAUAUCGAUUUUCUGGGAUUAUUGCGUGCUGAAAGAAAAUUAUACUUGACUGGGAAAAGAUAUUAAAAGAAUAAGACAACAGAGAGAAAAAAUGUCAGAUCCUUAAGCUAAGGCAGUGGUCGGCAAACGCACCAGUCAAAAGGGCCCCACAAAAUCAGCAGCGGGACGAUCAGUCAAAAGGGCCCCCCACAAAAUCAGCAGCGGGACGAUCAGACAAAAGGGCCCCCCACAAAAUCAGCAGCGGGACGAUCAGUCAAAAGGGCCCCCCACAAAAUCAGCAGCGGGACGAUCAGUCAAAAGGGUCCCCCACAAAAUCAGCAGCGGGACGAUCAGUCAAAAGGGCCCCCCACAAAAUCAGCAGCGGGACGAUUAAAACUUUGUUGAGAGCCAAAUUUCUGUUAAAGAACCUGUCAAGAAUCAUGUUUUUUGGAGUCACAACCGAUGUGUGGCCCACUGGACGAGCCGCACUCGGGUCGCUCAAGAGCCGCAUGCGGGCGAGCCGCGAUUAGCCAAUCACUGAGGUAAGGGUAUGCUAAGUCCUCCAGUGGAUAGAGAGCAAAAUAAGAUUAGCUAAAUGAAUGUGAAAACUAGUUGCCUAGGGGCUGCGCAUCCAGGGCUGUUUUAGAAACAUCUGGAUUUUCGGAGUCUUGAAACUCAAAAUCCCGACAUCCGGAUCUGAGGCGAAUUUUUUUUUCAUCCAUCCCUGUGGCGCUAAGGCCCAUGUAAGGCUGUAGCCUGUUUCACUACUUCCAUCCACUCAGACCAUCCAUCCAUCCCUGUGGCGCUAAGGCCCAUGUAAGGCUGUAGCCUGUUUCACUACUUCCAUCCACUCAGACCAUCCAUCCAUCCCUGUGGCGCUAAGGCCCAUGUAAGGCUGUAGCCUGUUUCACUACUUCCAUCCACUCAGACCAUCCAUCCAUCCCUGUGGCGCUAAGGCCCAUGUAAGGCUGUAGCCUGUUUCACUACUUCCAUCCACUCAGACCACCCAUCCAUCCCUGUGGCGCUAAGGCCCAUGUAAGGCUGUAGCCUGUUCACUACUUCCAUCCACUCAGACCAUCCAUCCAUCCCUGUGGCGCUAAGGCCCAUGUAAGGCUGUAGCCUGUUCACUACUUCCAUCCACUCAGACCAUCCAUCUAUCCAUCCCUGUGGCGCUAAAGCCCAUGUAAGGCUGUAGCCUGUUUCACUACUUCCAUCCACUCAGACCAUCCAUCCAUCCCUGUGGCGCUACAGCCCACGUAAGGCUGUAGCCUGUUUCACUACUUCCAUCCACUCAGACCAUCCAUCCAUCCCUGUGGCGCUACAGCCCAUGUAAGGCUGUAGCCUGUUUCACUACUUCCAUCCACUCAGACCAUCCAUCCAUCCCUUUGGUGCUAAGCCCAUGUAGGGUUGUAUCCUGUUUCACUACUUCUUUCCAUUUCGACCAUCUAUCCAUCCUUGUGGCGGUACAUCCCAUGUAAAGAUGUAGCCAGCUUCACUACUUCCUUCCUCUCAGACAUAACUGAUGCUUUUCUGUUCCAUGCUUAGAUUCCCAGCGGCUGUAGAUCUUUUCCCGCUUGAUUCAUCUAUUUAAGCCUAGUUCAGCUUUUGAGUCGUUUUCCUCUUAGGUUUGGGGGAUGUACCCUCUUCACUCCUUUGUCAUUUGGCAUUCUUUCUAAGUUUCCUGCCUAGCGAAGCCUGCCCCUGCUACUAGCAAGGGGUCCUGAUAUAGACUGUUCAAUUCCAUGUUGGUUCUCAUUCUCCGUCCAUAUAUUUAUCAUGUGUUGGUCCGUAUAUUUUCCUAAGAUUUUCUCUCACUUGUGUUUAAUUGGUCUUCUGCCGUUUCUGUUAGGGUCCAAGUUUCACUUGCUAGAUAUUUGAAUUGUUUCAAAAGUCUGGUUUCUAAAUUUAAUGGUUUCAUCAAUCUGUUCUUCUCUUAUCAUACUCAUUCAUUUUAUUAUAAUUAUUAUUUUUAGGUGGUUAACUUCCAGUCCUGCUUGUAGUGAUGCGCCUUCUAAUUCAAAAUGUGUUGCUAUUUCAUUAAUGUAGAGCUCAGCAUUAAUGAAAUACCAGUGCGUACUUUGUGUGGCAUGCUAGGUGUGGCGCGGCAUGACGCCUCCAAAGGAUGAACACAUUCCAGAGUUUAUGGUCGGCGUCUCAAUACUUUUAAAAAGACCAUUUGUCGUGUGAUAUUUUAGACAAAAGAAUAUUAUAGAUAUACCGUAUAAUAUAUAAUAUUUUUUUUUAAAUCUACACAUUCCUAAUCGAAAUAUAUGAGACGAAGUAUAUAGAAGCGAGCAGAGAUCAUAGAUAUUGUAUAUUUAGUUGAUAAUCCCCCCAUCAUUGAACAUUACUGACUUUGAAAUGACCACAAUUUGCUUGACACCUUGUUUCUUCCAGCGCACUCUUCACUUGCCCAAGUUCACAACCUCGCUCUGACACCGGAACAACUAACGGCCAAAGUGAAAGUGCUGGAGGACAUCGCCAACGUGUUGGGGAAACAACUCAUACAAAACCAGUUGUUCGUUGAGGAGAGGUAACCCCCCCCCCCAACCCAAUUUAUUUGCUGACUUACAUUUCAUUUAUUUGUUUGCUUGUUUGUUUAUUUGUUGUUUUUGUAUGUCUUAUUUUUAUUGUGUGUGUGUGUGGGGAGGGGGGGAACAAUAUUUUAAUUUAAUCCUGCUCUGUUGCCCUAUAUGGUUACGUAACACACUGAACAUCAACAAUGCAUGCUGAUGACGUGUUCAUUCUUGACCACAGAAUUCGCUCCGAUGGCAUGUCCGGGGUGAAGAAGGUUCGCCUGUACCGUGAGGGCACCAGUCCUUACUACGCCGACACACACGUGGCGCAGUCCGCCAUCGCCAUUCACGACCACGCCAACUACGACCGGACGCUGGGAAUAGGUAGGUAGUCGACACGCCCCUGGCGUCUUCUUCUAGGUCCCAGGUUGUCUCAACUAAGCCAUUCGCGUCUUCCGAUCGGUCACACAUUAGCUCUAGUGAUUACAGAAGACGCGUGUUGGCAAUGUAGUUUCAAAGACUUCACCUGCAGCACUGCCGCGAUGUUAGCCGAUGUACACGACCUCAUCUUGUUGUCUCUCCAGUCACAGUUAAAAGUAAAAUAGUUCGUUCAUCCAGCUGUAUGCAGGUCUGGUUAGUUGUGUACAAUGACGUAAACUGACCGAGCACAAACGUGAGUACUCUUGAGCCAUGGUGGCAUUGGUCAGAUGACGUCAAUGGUAGGCUAAAAUUAGCCACGGUUCCGAUGGGAUCAGAUGUAUCUGUUAAGAUAAGGUUGUGGUUCUGUUGGCAUAAAGUGGUCUGUUGGGAUAAAGUUGUGGUUCUUUUGGGAUAAGGUGGCUCUUUUGGGAUCAGAUGGCUCUGUUCCGAUAAGGUGACUGUGUUGGGAUAAGAUGGUUCUGAUGAGAUCAGAUGGAUCUGUUAAGAUAAGGUUGUGGUUCUGUUGGGAAACGAUGGUUCUGUUGGGAUAAGAUGGUUCUGUUGGGAUAAGGUGGUCUGUUGGAAUAAGGUGGUCUGUUGGAAUAAGGUGGUUCUGUAGUACUGACGAUCUAUUAAGGGAAGCCGGCCACUCGUCUAAGGCCUAUACUGUAGUACUGACGAUCUAAUGCGGGAAGCCGGGCCACUCGUUUGAGGCCAACUCUGUAGUACUGACGAUCUAAUGCGGGAGGCCGGGCCACUCGUUUGAGGCCAACUCUGUAGUACUGAUUUGAGGCCAACUCUGUAGUACUGACGAUCACUUUUUGCCAAUCUUUAGUAUGGUGUGUUUUGUGUCUGUCUGGUGCGACAUGUCACGUGCUGUUUUAUAUUAACUAUCGCUUCACCACCGAUAGACAGCGACCCAGAACUUAACAGACAGUGACCCAGAACUUAACAGACAGCGACCCAGAACUUAACAGACAGCGACCCAGAACUUAACAGACAGCGACCCAGAACUUAACGACAGCGACCCAGAACUUAACAGACAGCGACCCAGAACUUAAGACAGCGACCCAGAACUUAACAGACAGCGACCCAGAACUUAAGACAGCGACCCAGAACUUAACAUAUUUAAAAAUUAUAUUUCACAUUUAGGUGAAUUUAUUGGAGUUUUGAAUGGUGUCGAGUUCCGAACCCGCCACAACGAUUACAAGCUGAAGAUGCCAUCGACCACCAGCCGCACGUAUCACGAAACAGAGGACAUCCUGUUUCCAUCUGUCCCACCGGAAGUCCUGCACAAAACAACUAUCCAGGUACCCGGAUCAAUCUAUUUAUAGCCAAAAGAGAGUUCCCGUUAGCCUUGGUUUAUUUUAUUUGAUUUUCUUUAGUUCUUCUAUCUAUAUCUAUCUAUAUCUAUGUAUAUAUAUAUAUAUAUAUAUUUAUGUAUAUUUAUAUAUAUAUUAUAAAUAUAAGAUAGUUCUCAUGGGAUCAGUUAAUUUUUCUUACUUUUCUCAAACUGAAAAAGAAAAUAAAGUACAUUUUUUUUAAACUCAUCAAAAAUGCCGUUUUCUUAAAACUAUCGGAAGAUCCAAAAGCCAGUGAAUUCAAUAAUCAUUCUUAGGGUUAAAUUGACUAAAUCAAAAGCAAAGAUUUAAAAAAAUGUUGACAUUGCUUUGUGCCCUCGCCUCCAGGAGCAAAUCGUCGAGAUGCGAGAGUGGUUUAGAGCCUUCAAGGAACAAAACACGACCAUCCGCGAUUACCGCCCUUACUUCAGACCGUUGCUGUGCGCCCUUGAAGGCGCGUGGACGCUGGCCAAGGACAUUGAGGAGUCUUUCCCCAGUGACCGGCAUCACCUGGACGCCACGUCUUGGGAGGACAUGGCUGAAAAGGUUAGACAGAACGUCACACAAUAACACAACCCAGACACACUGCAACACCACGUAGUCACACUCUUACACCCCCUCCCCCCCCCCCAACCAGCGUGUAGUUUGUACUGUCGCUUGUUUAAGCGCCCCCCCCCCCAACACACGCUCUAGCAUAAAUGACUUUAAACUUAAAAAAAAAAAAUUAUUAUUUUGCUAAAGUGUACAGGAGCUUGGGGAAGAAACAUAAACGAAAUAGAUGAAUGACAUGUGAGUAAGGCGGGAUAAUGUGCAAGUCUCACUAUCGAAUAGUCUCCCUUUGUUUUAUGUUAUUUUCAUUGAUAUCUUUAUUCAUAAAUGUCAAGAAUUAAUCAGAAAGUAAAUAUGAAAUAAAGAUGGCAGCUUUGUUUUCAUGUGUAGCUAGGAGACAAGAGGAAACAACCACAUGGUAGACGAAAACCUGUUGGACAAUACAAAAACAAAAAAAAGUGGACAUUUCGGUUCCUAACUCCAACGACGACAGUGAAGGAACACAGAGACCAACACUCUUAGGAACACAGAGACCAACACACUUAGGAACACAGAGACCAACACUCUUAGGAACACAGAGACCAACACACUUAGGAACACAGAGACCAACACACUUAGGAACACAGAGACCAACACUCUUAGGAACACAGAGACCAACACUCUUAGGAACACAGAGACCAACACACUUAAGAACACAGAGACCAACACACUUAAGAACACAGAGACCAACACUCUUAGGAACACAGAGACCAACACACUUAAGAACACAGAGACCAACACACUUAAGAACACAGAGACCAACACACUUAAGAACACAGAGACCAACACACUUAGGAACACAGAGACCAACACACUUAGGAACACAGAGACCAACACACUUAGGAACACAGAGACCAACACACUUAGGAACACAGAGACCAACACACUUAGGAACACAGAGACCAACACACUUAGGAACACAGAGACCAACACACUUAGGAACACAGAGACCAACACACUUAGGAACACAGAGACCAACACACUUAGGAACACAGAGACCAACACACUUAGGAACACAGAGACCAACACACUUAAGAACACAGAGACCAACACACUUAGGAACACAGAGACCAACACUCUUAGGAACACAGAGACCAACACUCUUAGGAACACAGAGACCAACACUCUUAGCUUGAAGUCAAUUGGUCAAGUUACGGACGACCAAAUAGCUUUACACCAAGCUAAGAGUGUUGGUCUCUGUUUUUCUUUGCCAUCGACGGCUUUUUGGCCGAAACGUCCAAUUUUGUCUAGUGUUGUCCUUUUUUUCCAGGUUUUCCCUCUACGCUUUGUAUAUUUCUUAUUGCUUCAGCCCGAACGCAGCCCUGCCCUCUAUUUAUCGUAGUAAACAGUGCAAAGUAUUCUAUAACGUUGUAAACAGUGCAAAGUACUUUAUAACCUUAUAAACCGUGCAAAGUACUCUAUAACGUAGUAAACAUUGCAAAGUACUCUAUAACGUAGUAAACAUUGAAAAGUACUCUAUAACGUAGUAAACAUUGCAAAGUACUCUAUAACGUUGUAAACAGUUCAAAGUACUCUCUAACGUGUCACCGUCUUAACUAUUCGUUUUAGCCUCUGUUAUGAUAGCUUUCUUUUUCCGAGUCGGAGAUGAGUCGUAAUAAGGAAAUACUUCAUCGCAUUUCUGAACCUUCGCAUUUCUGAACCUUCGCAUUUCUGAACCUUCGCAUUUCUGAAUCUUCACAUUAUAGAACCUUUAUAUUUCUGAGCCUUCAUAUUUCUGAGCCUUCACGUUUCUGAGUCUUCACGUUUCUGAGUCUUCACGUUUCUGAUUCUUCACGUUUCUGAGCCUUCACGUUUCUGAGCCUUCACGUUUCUGAGCCUUCACGUUUCUGAUUCUUCACGUUUCUGAGCCAUCACAAUUCUGAGCCAUCACAAUUCUGAGCCUUCACAUUUCUGAGCCUUCACAUUUCUGAGCCUUCACUUUUCUGAACCUUCAUAUUUCUGAGCCUUCAUAUUUCUGAGCCUUCUCAAAAUUCUGAGCCUUCACAUUUCUGAGCAUUCACAUUUCCGAGCCUUCACUUUUCCGAGCCUUCACAUUUCUGAGCCUGCACUUUUCUGAGCCUGCACUUUUCUGAGCCUUACAUUUCUGAGCCUUUCCAUUUCUGAGCCUUUCCAUUUCUGAGCCUUCACAAUUCUGAGCCUUCACAUUUCUGAGCCUUCACAUUUCUGAGCCUUCACAUUUCUGAGCCUUCACAUUUCUGAGCCUUCACAUUUCUGAGCCUUCACAUUUCUGAGCCUUCACAUUUCUGUACCUUCAGAUCAGCUUUACGUCGUACACCGGAAACAAACACAACCUAGAGAACUUCGCCUUCCUGCCAUCCAAGCUGUACAGCAUGGAGGGGGGUUACCCGCAGUUCGCUCAGUGGAACUAUCGCGUCAUCUGUCACCCCGUCAGGUAAUGCGUCAUCUGUCAUCCAGUCGGGUAAUGCGUCAUCUGUCUCCCAGUCAGGUUAUUGCGUCACCUGUCAUCCAGUCAGGUAAUGCAUCAUUACAACGGGACUUAAACUUGACAUUACACAUCACCAAUGUCGGAGCUAGGAUAAGGGCCACUCGGCGCGAGCCAAUAGCUUUUUUCCCUUUUUUUCCCCACGAAAAAAUACUCUGAAGUUGACUCUGUAUAAAGAAAAAAGUGCCCCCCCCCCCGGAGCACCGCCCCCAUCAUCUCCCUUCCUACGCCAAUGACUCUUUGCAUCAUAGAUUAUUCCAUUAGUGCUCAUUUGUCACAAUUUAGUGUAUUUGAUUAUAUGUUUUAAAUGGCCUUUUACACGCUGGCGUGCGUUGGACGGCUUUCCCUUAAAACUGUUCAUUCUGGCGUUCACAGCUUUGACGUCCCGACGUCUUACUUCAAGCUGGACGACGACCUGGGCCACAGACUGGCCAAUGAUCUGACCCUCAAACGGGCCCCUUUCUCUCGGUCGGCCAGGUUUAAAGUCAACGAGUUCGACAGAGAAAGGUAAGCCGCUAGAGAAAAGAUGAUACGGCUUCUCCCAGUCCGGGCACAUGGGUCCAACAGUAGGGCACAUGUGUCCAACAGACGGGCACAUGUGUCCAACAGACGGGCAUGACCCACUAUAGUACAGUUCUGGUAGGUCGUGGACAGGACAUGACCCACUAGAGUACAGUUCUAGUAGGUCGUGAACAAGACAUGACCCACUGGAAUACAGUUCUAGUAGGUCGUGGACAGGACAUGACCCACUAGAGUACAUUUCUAGUAGGUCGUGGACAGGACAUGACCCACUGGAGUACAGUUCUAGUAGGUCGUGGACAGGACAUGACCCACCAGAAUACAGUUCUAGUAGGUCGUGGACAGGACAUGACCCACUAGAGUACAGUUCUAGUAGGUCGUGGACAGGACAUGACCCACUAGAGUACAGUUCUAGUAGGUCGUGGACAGGACAUGACCCACUAGAGUACAGUUACCCCCUUAGCUUCAGGUCUAGUAGGCCGUGCACAGGACAUGACCCACUAGAGUACAGUUCUGGUAGGUCGUGGACAGGACAUGACCCACUAGAGUACAGUUCAAGUAGGUCGUGGAAGGACAUGACCCACCAGAGUACAGUGCUAGUAGGUCGUGGACAGGUCAUGACCCACUAAGGUACAGUUCUUGUAGGUCGUGGACAGGACAUGACCCACUAUAGUACAGUGCUUGUAGGUCGUGGACAGGACAUGACCCACUAGAGUACAGUUCUAGUAGGUCGUGGACAGGACAUGACCCACUAGAGUACAGUUCUAGUAGGCCGUGGACAGGACAUGACCCACUAGAGUACAUUUCUAGUAGGCCGUGGACAGGACAUGACCCAUUAGAGUACAGUGCUAGUAGGUUGUGGACAGGACAUGACCCACUAGAGUACAGUUCUAGUAGGUCGUGGACAGGACAUGACCCAUUAGAGUACAGUGCUAGUAGGUCGUGGACAGGACCAGAGACGGGGUUAGUCUUAAGACUGGCCAUUUCGGCAUCACUUCCAAUAACGUUCGUGAAUAUUUUUGUUUUUUUUGUUGAAAGCUAAAUACCGUGACAUGAAACGGUCCGCUGUAGCUACACACUGUGAAAUGAAACGGUGCGCUGUAGCUACAUACUGUGAAAUGAAACGGUCCGCUGUAGCUACACACUGAAAUGAAAUGGUCCGCUGUAGCUACACACUGUGACAUGAAACGGUCCGCUGUAGCUACACACUAUGACAUAAAACGGUCCGCUGUAGCUACAUAUUGUGACAUAAAACGGUGCGCUGUAGCUACAUACUGUGACAUGAAACGGUCCGCUGUAGCUACAAACUGUGAAAUGAAACGGUGCGCUGUAGCUACAUACUGUGAAAUGAAACGGUCCGCUGUAGCUACACACUGUGAAAUGAAACGGUGCGCUGUAGCUACAUACUGUGACAUAAAAUGGUCCGCUGUAGCUACACACUGUGACAUGAAACGGUGCGAUGUAGCUACACACUGUGACAUGAAACGGUCCGCUGUAGCUACAUACUGUGACAUGAAACGGUCCGAUGUAGCUACAUACUGUGACAUGAAACGGUCCGCUGUAGCUACAUACUGUGACAUGAAACGGUCCGCUGUAGCUACACACUGUGACAUGAAACGGUGCGAUGUAGCUACAUACUGUGAAAUGAAACGGUCCGCUGUAGCUACAUACUGUGAAAUGAAACGGUGCGCUGUAGCUACAUACUGUGACAUGAAACGGUCCGCUGUAGCUACAUACUGUGACAUGAAACGGUCCGCUGUAGCUACACACUGUGACAUGAAACGGUCCGCUGUAGCUACACACUGUGACAUGAAACGGUCCGCUGUAGCUACAUACUGUGACAUGAAACGGUCCGCUGUAGCUACAUACUGUGACAUGAAACGGUCCGAUGUAGCUACAUACUGUGACAUGAAACGGUCCGCUGUAGCUACAUACUGUGACAUGAAACGGUCCGAUGUAGCUACAUACUGUGAUAUGAAACAGUCCGCUGUAGCUACCUGCUGUGAAAUGAAACGGUGCGCUGUAGCUACACACUUUGAUACUGUGUCAGAUUGCUACGAUUUACACAAUAAUGGUUGUUAAUUAACACUAACUGACUUUUUAAAAUGUCCUAAAAACAGCAUGUUGGCCAUGUUUGUCUCAUAAAAUGCUAUAAAAUAAGUCUGAUUUUAAAACGGGUUUUACCAGUUUAAUCAACAUACAAAUCGACACAAACAAUAUAAAUUCAGGAUUAGACUAGACGGUUGAGAUUCGACUGAAAUCGUCGCGGAGGGUCACAUUAUAGGAAUGAGAAUGAGGAAAACGUGUGGGCCGCAUUAACACUAAACUCUGUUGUCAUAUAGCGGGCCGCAAGAUAUGCCACAAAUCUGGUUCAACAGUUGGUUAUCAAGGGAAAUUUAAGUUACAAAAAAAAAACAUCAUCAUUAUCAACAUUCUCAUUAACUUAAUCAUCAUUAUACAGAAGGUCCUGGAGAUAUGUAAAAAAAAAAAUGGCGUCCUUGGCCAACAUACUGUCUGGACAGAGUCAAAAGAUGACAACUAAUGCAUGCCAUGCGGACAACAUACUUUCUGGACAAAGUCAAAAGAUGACAACUACUGCAUGCCAUGCGGACAAGCUUAAAUAACAACAGAAAUGGCGCCUAACGUAAGGCUGGGUGGGGCGGGGGCUUUGAGUGGUCAGAUAACGAUAUGUCGUCAAUGUGAAAGGCAGGGCGUCAAGCACAAGCGUCUUCCUUUGAGAGUAUCCGUCUUGUGAGUUAUCUAGACCAGCGGUUCUCAACCUGUGGGGGGGGGGGGGCGACCCCUCAUAUAGGGAUCGCCUAUAAUCAUCGGAAAACACAUUUAUGAAGUAUAAACGGAAAUUAUUUGAAGGNAUAACGAUAUGUCGUCAAUGUGAAAGGCAGGGCGUCAAGCACAAGCGUCUUCCUUUGAGAGUAUCCGUCUUGUGAGUUAUCUAGACCAGCGGUUCUCAACCUGUGGGGGGGGGGGGCGACCCCUCAUAUAGGGAUCGCCUAUAAUCAUCGGAAAACACAUUUAUGAAGUAUCAACGGAAAUUAUUUGAAGGUUAAGGGUCAUCACAACAAGAGGAACUGUAUUAAAGGGCCGCGUCAUUAGGUAGGUUGAGAAUAAUUGAAGUAGAUGGUAAAAACGAUGGGGUGAUGCAAUGAAGCCUCUAUCAUGAGUGAGAGGUGACCGAGUGAAUGAUGAUCACUACAGUGGAACCUGUGAUACACGCAUGGAGUUGUCGCGUGGACAUUGGUAACUUUUCUACGGUAGAAAAAAUGGCUUGACUCAAUGUAUCAAUAGUCACUUGUCCUUGACCUUCGGCCCCCUCGAGUGAACGGCUGAUUGGCGUAUGUGCUCCUUGUUUUCGGACAUGGGGACAGUUGUAAUUAGAUUCUAAAUGAGGCCGCCUGUUAAUGAAUUCUGCCUUGACCUCCGUGUUAACAACCAUAUUGAAAUAAACUUUAAAAUGGAUGAUGGAUACUGGAUCCAGGAUGGAUGAAUAUUGCGGGUCCUCACGAUUAAAUCUUUAUAAAAGUGAAAGUCCGUCUUUACUACAUCUUGUAUAACUUGGUGUCGAUCGUGCUUUUAGGGUUGGAUACUAGCAGAUCUUAGCUUCGUCAAAACUAGUUUAUCCGAAUACUUAUUUAUUUGGGGGGGGGGGGCGGGGGCGACACCAGCAGAGUAUCUUAGGCCGUGGAAGGUACCAAGUUGUGGUACCACAAUAUCUCCGUCCCGUCUCCCUACGCCCUUGUAGUUAACCAAGUUGUGGUACCACAAUGUCUCCGUCCCGUCUCCCUACGCCCUUGUAGUUUACCAAGUUGUGGUACCACAAUAUCUCCGUCCCGUCUCCCUACGCCCUUGUAGUUAACCAAGUUGUGGUACCACAAUGUCUCCGUCCCGUCUCCCUACGCCCUUGUAGUUUACCAAGUUGUGGUACCACAAUAUCUCCGUCCCGUCUCCCUACGCCCUUGUAGUUAACCAAGUUGUGGUACCACAAUGUCUCCGUCCCGUCUCCCUACGCCCUUGUAGUUUACCAAGUUGUGGUACCACAAUAUCUCCGUCCCGUCUCCCUACGCCCUUGUAGUUAACCAAGUUGUGGUACCACAAUGUCUCCGUCCCGUCUCCCUACGCCCUUGUAGUUUACCAAGUUGUGGUACCACAAUAUCUCCGUCCCGUCUCCCUACGCCCUUGUAGUUAACCAAGUUGUGGUACCACAAUGUCUCCGUCCCGUCUCCCUACGCCCUUGUAGUUUACCAAGUUGUGGUACCACAAUAUCUCCGUCCCGUCUCCCUACGCCCUUGUAGUUAACCAAGUUGUGGUACCACAAUGUCUCCGUCCCGUCUCCCUACGCCCUUGUAGUUUACCAAGUUGUGGUACCACAAUAUCUCCGUCCCGUCUCCCUNCUCUGCUCUUCCUGGUCCCUUAACCCUCAACCUCCCCCCCCCCUUUUUUUUUUCCUGUCUCCCCAAAAAACUUACCCCCAACUCGCUCAACUAUUUACGUGCGCAUAGCAUAGUAUAAAUAUGUCAUUGACGAGCUUGUCAGUUUGAUGACGGGUCAUCUCAGUUUCAUUACCUGGCUACUGAUCACGUGUCCUCAAAGGACAAACGAUCGCGGGGGCGGUGGUACCCCAUGGGGUUUAAUGGCGCAAUCAAAGUGGCGCCCAGCGGUUUGUUCUCCGUGGCGCGAGUGUCGAUACCCAGACGGGUAAGGGAGGGAGGGAGGGGGGAGGGGGAUUGUUGACGUAAGGGACGGGUGAGACAGGAUCAGUUGGACCAGUUCCUAUCCUUAGAAAGAGUGCAAAGCGUUGUCUCGGGUCUGCGGUUUCUCGCCUCGCGGGCAUAAACAAAAUAGUGAGGAACUCGCAGCGCUGCAGACGGGUCUUUUCCAAACUCCCAAACGUACUCGGUGGGACAUUCACGGAGGAGUCCCAGAUAAAAAUGGUCAUAAUUAAACAAACUCUAAAAACAAAAUUUUCCCCCAUAACUCCUUUACACGCAUGCUUAUUAUUUUAUUUUAUCCUGAUAUCCCAAAUGACCCACCCGCUGUUACUUUUACACCGCAGAUGUAUUGCAUGACUUUCAUCAACAGUUGCAGAAAAGACAAAGAAACUAUUACAAACCAAAUGCACUUCCGAUUGUUGUUUUUUGUUAACUAGAAUCUCGUUGGGCGCAGUUGUCGGGAAUUGUAUUUCGUGAAAUCGAUCACAUCGUUGUGUUUUUGGGGGUUGGGCUGAAAAUUUGACCGAAGGUGUUGUCAACGGCAACGAGUCUGUGUGUCAGUUCGAUAGGAUGACGGGAAGUGUGUCAGGUAGUCGUCCGAAGAUUUUGCCUUAAACACACGAACAAAAGCGAAGUUAAUUGAAGACAUUUAAAAAGAUCGAACGAGAAAAAGAGUUAAAGACAUUUAAAAAAAAAAAAAAAAAAAAAAAAAAAAUAAAAAAAAAAAUAAAAAAAAAAAAAAAAAAAAAACAAUUAUAUGGGGUACUACCACGAAGGACAUAAUAUUUAUUUUCGGAGAGAAAAGAACAGAUUGUUUCAUAUUAUUUCCGCUUUCAUAUCAUGUGUGGUUGUCACGGCUUGGCCAAAUAAACAUGGAUUGGAUGACGUCACCGUUUAUUAAGAGGAAAUACAUUAUUUGGAGUAAAAGUUUAACUAUAUUUUUUUUUUUUUAACUUUAUUAUUUUUUUAGGGUCUGUUUUAAUAAGCCCUACUUAACUUACUGGAAUUGAGUUUAAAAACAACCAUCGAACUAUCGGGACCAACCCAAAUGAAAAUAAGAAGGCGGCAACUACGGGCAAGCUACUCUGUUUUACAAAAAAAUCUUGGACGUACCCCAUACAGUAAUGCCAUUUUUUGGGGUUCAUUACAGACAUUGCUUCCAACGUAAAAUUUUGCCCUAAAACAUAAUGCCGCGUUAUUAACAGUGAUCUAGCUUACAGAUUUUUUAAAAUAUAUGUUUAAUAAUAUUUUUAAUUUUAGGAGAUGGGAGUUGGGAGAUGGGAGUUGGGAGAUGGGAGAUGGGAGAUCAGUUUUUUUCUUUUUUCCCCGCACCCCCAAUAAACAAAAUGAUCCAAACUUUGCGCACAAUCUCCAACUCUGCUUACUCAACCUUUGAGUACUCAACCUUUGAGUAAAGGCAACGAAAAGAUGAUAGGAGUGUCCGACUAUUGGAGGAUACAAAGACGAGAAAGGUACAUAAGUUCGGAUACAAAGACGAGGAAGACACAUAAGUUAGAAUAAAAAGAUUAGAAAGACACAUAAGUUCGGAUACAAAGACUAGAAAGACACACAAGUUCGGACACAAAGACGAGAAAGACACAUACAUUCGGAUACAAAGACGAGGAAGAAACAUAAGUUAGAAUAAAAAGACUAUAAAGACACAUUAGUUCGGAUACAAAGACAAGAAAGACACAAGUUCGGAUACAAAGAUGAGAAAGACACAUUAGUGCGGAUACAAAAAUGAGAAAGAUACAUUAGUUCGGACACAAACACGAGAAAGACACAUAAGUUAGGAUACAAAGACGAGAAAGACACAUUAGUUCGGAUACAAAGACGAGAAAGACACAUUAGUUCGGAUACAAAGAUAGGAAAGACACAUAAGUUAGGAUACAAAGAUGAGAAACACACAUAAGUUCGGAUACAAAGACGAGGAAGACACAUUAAGUUCCGACACAAAGAUGAGAAAGACACAUAAGUUCGGAUACAAAGACGAGAAAGACACAUAAGUUCGGAUACAAAGACGAGAAAGACACAUAAGUUCGGACACAAACAUGAGAAAGACACAUAAGUUCGGAUACAAAGACGUGAAAGACACAUUAGUUCGGAUACAAAGACGAGAAAGACACAUUAGUUAGGAUACAAAGAUGAGAAAGACACAUUAGUUAGGAUACAAAGAUGAGAAAGACACAUUAGUUCGGAUACAAAGACGAGAAAGACACAUAAGUUAGGUACAAAGACGAGAAAGACACAUUAGUUCGGAUACAAAGACGAGAAAGACACAUUAGUUCGGACACAAACACGAGAAAGACACAUUAGUUCGGACACAAACACGAGAAAUACACAUAAGUUAGGAAAAAAAGACGAGAAAGACACAUUAUUUCGGAUACAAAGAUGAGAAAGACACAUCAGUUCGGAUAAAAAGAUGAGAAAGACACAUUAGUUCGGACACAAAGACGAGAAAGACACAUAAGUUAGGAUACAAAGACGAGAAAGACACAUUAGUUCGGAUACAAAGAUGAGAAAGAUACAUUAGUUCGGACACAAAGAUGAGAAAGACACAUAAGUUAGGAUACAAAGAUGAGAAAGACACAUUAGUUCGGAUACAAAGAUGAAAAAGACAAAUAAGUAAGAAUACAAAGAUGAGAAAGACACAUACGAUAGCAUACAAAGAUGAGAAAGACACAUUAGUUCGGAUACAAAGAUGAGAAAGACACAUUAGUUCGGACACAAAGACGAGAAAGACACAUAAGUUAGGAUACAAAGACGAGAAAGACACAUUAGUUCGGAUACAAAGACGAGAAAGACACAUUAGUUCGGAUACAAAGAUGAGAAAGACACUUUAGUUCGGAUACAAAGAUGAGAAAGACACAUAAGUUCGGAUACAAAGAUGAGAAAGACACAUAAGUUAGGAUAUAAAGAUGAGAAAGACACAUUAGUUCGGAUACAAAGAUGAGAAAGACACAUAAGUAAGAAUACAAAGAUGAAAAAGACACAUAAGUUCGAAUACAAAGACGAGAAAGACACAUACGUUCGGAUACAUAGACGAGGAAGACACAUAAGUUGGGACACAAAGAUGAGAAAGACACAUAAGUUCGGAUACAAAGACGAGAAAGACACAUAAGUUCGGAUACAAAGACGAGAAAGACACAUAAGUUCGGAUACAAAGACGAGAAAGACACAUUAGUUCGGAUACAAAGAUGAGAAAGACACAUUAGUUCGGAUACAAAGACGAGAAAGACACAUUAGUUCGGAUACAAAGAUGAGAAAGACACAUUAGUGCGGAUACAAAGAUGAGAAAGAUACAUUAGUUCGGACACAAACACGAGAAAGACACAUAAGUUAGGAUACAAAGACGAGAAAGACACAUUAGUUCGGAUACAAAGACGAGAAAGACACAUUAGUUCGGAAACAAAGACGGGAAAGACACAUUAGUUCGGAUACAAAGAUGAGAAAGACACUAAGUUCGGAUACAAAGAUGAGAAAGACACAUUAGUUCGGAUACAAAGAUGAGAAAGACACAUAAGUUAGGAUACAAAGAUGAGAAAGACACAUUAGUUUGGAUACAAAGAUGAGAAAGACACAUAAGUUCGGAUACAAAGAUGAGAAAGACACAUAAGUUCGGAUACAAAGAUGAGAAAGACACAUUAGUUUGGAUACAAAGAUGAGAAAGACACAUAAGUUAGGAUACAAAGAUGAGAAAGACACAUAAGUUAGGAUACAAAGAUGAGAAAGACACAUAAGUUAGGAUACAAAGAUGAGAAAGACAAAUAAGUUAGGACACAAAGAUGAGAAAGACACAUUAGUUCGGACACAAAGAUUAGAAAGACACAUUAGUUCGGACACAAAGAUUAGAAAGACACAUAAGUUAGGAUACAAAGAUGAGAAAGACACAUAAGUUACGAUAUAAUGACCGGAAUUUCUCAGUGGGAAUUCAAAUCUUGUCUAUAUUUUUAAACCCUCUUUAGGGGGCGCUCCCUGACUGAUAUAUUUUUAAACCCCCUUUUGGGGACGCUCCCUGUCCGAUAUAUUUUAAACCCCCUUUUGGGGGCGCGCCCUGUCCGAUUGACAUGAAGAACUUUGUCUAUAUUGUUAAACCCUCUUUAGGGGGCGCUCCCUGACUGAUAUAUUUUUAAACCCCCUUUUGGGGACGCUCCCUGUCCGAUAUAUUUUAAACCCCCUUUUGGGGGCGCGCCCUGUCCGAUUGACAUGAAGAACAUCACGGGUCGCAGUCCCAGCUGUUUCGUGGGCGGCCAUCAGUGGUCAGUGCCCCCUACUCCUUACGUCCACGUGAGUGGUGUGCUCAUUAGGGAGACUUUCCUGACACGUCACUGAGCGCUGAAUUGAUUCGUUAACGCGCAAAGAUGUUUGGUACGCGAGGUAAAGAAACAGUGUGGGGGGGCGGGGGGGGGACUGGGGUGGGGGUUGGGGGUUGGUGCCUCGAACAUUGAAAGUGGUGGAGGUGGGAGGGGGUGUUUAGAGCCAUAAAUCAGCGGGGGAAGCGGGUGUUGGCAGAACUUGCACCCAGUGGACAAUGGGUUUGGCGUAAUGACUUAUGAGUAGUGGGAACUGGCAAGACGAGAAAAUAUCAGGGAAUAUGGUAUUAGUCAAAGUUAAAAAAUGGGGAAAGGGAUGGUAGUUGAGCUUUAAGAAAUGAGCGGGGACAAGUUUUGAUGGGUGAUCUUUAAGAAAUGAGCGGGGACAAGGUUUGUUGGGUGAUCUUUAAGAAAUGAGUGGGGACAAGGUUUGUUGGGUGAUCUUUAAGAAAUGAGCGGGGACAAGGUUUCAUGGGUAAUCUUUAAGAAAUGAAUGGGGACAAGGUUUGUUGGGUGAUCUUUAAGAAAUGAGUGGGGACAUGGUUUGUUGGGUGAUCUUUAAGAAAUGAGCGGGGACAAGGUUUGUUGGGUGAUCCUUAAGAAAUGAGUGGGGACAAGGUUUGUUGGGUGAUCUUUAAGAAAUGAGUGGGGACAAGGUUUGUUGGGUGAUCUUUAAGAAAUGAGCGGGGACAAGGUUUGUUGUGUGAUCUUUAAGAAAUGAGCGGGGACAAGGUUUGUUGGGUGAUCUUUAAGAAAUGAGUGGGGACAAAAUUUGUUGGGUGAUCUUUAAGAAAUGAGUGGGGACAAGGUUUGUUGGGUGAUCUUUAAGAAAUGAGCGGGGACAAGAUUUGUUGGGUGAUCUUUAAGAAAUGAGCGGGGGACAAGGUUUGUUGGGUGAUGUUUAAGAAAUGAGUGGGGAAAAGGUUUGUUGGGUGAUCUUUAAGAAAUGAGCGGGGGACAAGGUUUGUUGGGUGAUCUUUAAGAAAUGAGUGGGGACAAGGUUUGUUGGGUGAUCUUUAAGAGAUGAGUGGGGACAAGGUUUGUUGGGUGAUCUUUAAGAAAUGAGCGGGGGACAAGGUUUGUUGGGUGAUCUUUAAGAAAUGAGUGGGGACAAGGUUUGUUGGGUGAUCUUUAAGAAAUGAGCGGGGACAAGGUUUGUUGGGUGAUCUUUAAGAAAUGAGUCGGGACAAGGUUUGUUGGGUGAUCUUUAAGAAAUGAGUGGGGACAAGGUUUGUUGGGUGAUCUUUAAGAAAUGAGCGGGGGACAAGGUUUGUUGGGUGAUCUUUAAGAAAUGAGUGGGGACAAGGUUUGUUGGGUGAUCUGUAAGAAAUGAGUGGGGACAAGGUUUGUUGGGUGAUCUGUAAGAAAUGAGCGGGGGACAAGGUUUGUUGGGUGAUCUUUAAGAAAUGAGUGGGGACAUGGUUUGUUGGGUGAUCUUUAAGAAAUGAGCGGGGACAAGGUUUGUUGGGUGAUCCUUAAGAAAUGAGUGGGGACAAGGUUUGUUGGGUGAUCUUUAAGAAAUGAGUGGGGACAAGGUUUGUUGGGUGAUCUUUAAGAAAUGAGCGGGGACAAGGUUUGUUGUGUGAUCUUUAAGAAAUGAGCGGGGACAAGGUUUGUUGGGUGAUCUUUAAGAAAUGAGUGGGGACAAAAUUUGUUGGGUGAUCUUUAAGAAAUGAGUGCGGAAAAGGUUUGUUGGGUGAUCUUUAAGAAAUGAGUGGGGAAAACGUUUGUUGGGUCAUCUUUAAGAAAUGAGUGGGGACAUGGUUUGUUGGGUGAUCUUUAAGAAAUGAGUGAAUAAAAAGGUUUGUUGGGUGAUCUGUAAGAAAUGAGUGAAGAAAAAGGUUUGUUGGGUGAUCUUUAAGAAAUGAGCGAGGACAAAAUUUGUUGGGUGAUCUUUAAGAAAUGAGUGGGGAAAAGAUUUGUUGGGUGAUCUUUAAGAAAUGAGUGGGGAAAAGGUUUGUUGGGUGAUCUUUAAGAAAUGAGCGGGGGACAAGGUUUGUUGGGUGAUCUUUAAGAAAUGAGCGGGGGACAAGGUUUGUUUUGUGAUCUUUAAGAAAUGAGUGGGGAAAAGGUUUGUUGGGUGAUCUUUAAGAAAUGAGUGGGGAAAAGGUUUGUUGGGUGAUCUUUAAGAAAUGAGUGGGGAAGGUUGCUGGUUGAAAAUGUCUGCGGACGGGCCUGUUGGACAAUUUGGUCUUUUUUCUUCUCCAGACAGACAACCUACACGACACUGGAUCGUAUGAUGUCCGAACUGCCCGGCCUGGACAACUACCUGGCCAACCUCACAGACAAGACCUACGGGUUGGUGGCCAAUGACAUCAGCCAAGCCGAAAACACGCUAAACGCCGGGUAUUACCACAGAUGGUACCACUACUCGGAGAUGGGUGCCAUGGGGGACUCGGUGAGUACAAGCUUUCACCACAGCUGGUACCAGUACUUGGAGUUGGGUGCCAUGGGGGACUCAGUGAGUACAAGCUUUCACCACAGCUGGUACCAGUACUCGGAGUUGGCUGCCAUGGGAGACUUGGUGAGUACAAGCUUUCACCACAGCUGGUACCAGUACUCGGAGGUGGCUGGCAUGGGGGACUCGGUGAGUACAAGCUUUCACCACAGCUGAUACCAGUACUUGGAGUUGGGUGCCAUGGGGGACUCAGUGAGUACAAGCUUUCACCACAGCUGGUACCAGUACUCGGAGUUGGGAGCAAUUGGAGACUUGGUGAGCACAAGCUUUCACCACAGCUGGUACCAGUACUCGGAGUUGGCUGGCUUGGGGGACUCGGUGAGUACAAGCUUUCACCACAGCUGGUACCAGUACUCGGAGUUGGCUGGCUUUGGGGACUCGGUGAGUACAAGCUUUCACCACAGCUGGUACCAGUACUCGGAGUUGGGUGCCAUGGGGGACUCGGUGAGUACAAGCUUUCACCACAGCUGGUACCAGUACUCGGAGUUGGCUGGCUUGGGGGACUCGGUGAGUACAAGCUUUCACCACAGCUGGUACCACUACUCUGAGUUGGGUUCCAUGGGGGACUCGGUGAGUACAAGCUUUCACCACAGCUGGUACCAGUACUCAGAGUUGGCUGGCUUGGGGGACUCGGUGAGUACAAGCUUUCACCACAGCUGGUACCACUACUCUGAGUUGGGUUCCAUGGGGGACUCGGUGAGUACAAGCUUUCACCACAGCUGGUACCAGUACUCGGAGUUGGCUGGCUUGGGGGACUCGGUGAGCACAAGCUUUCACCACAGCUGGUGCCAGUACUCGGAGUUUGGUGCCAUGGGGGACUCGGUGAGUACAAGCUUUCACCACAGCCGGUACCAGUACUCGGAGUUUGGUGCCAUGGGGGACUCGGUGAGUACAAGCUUUCACCACAGCUGGUACCAGUACUCGGAGUUUGGUGCCAUGGGGGACUCGGUGAGUGAAAGCUUUCACCACAGCUGGUACCACUACUUGGAGUUUGGUGCCAUGGGGGACUCGGUGAGUGCAAGCUUUUACCACAGCUGGUACCCGUACUUGGAGUUGGUUGCCAUUGGAGACUUGAAUGAGGUGACCGGUAUGAGGUCAAGAAAUCCUCCCUAUAAACCAUAUAUAAAUUGAAAAUUAAAAAAUCAAUCGGUGUGAAGGUCGAGUUUAGGUAAGGUUGCCAGGUGUCCACUAUUUUUUGGGAGCAGACCUGGCAGCCCUAAGUUUAGGUAAUAGUAGAACAAGGUAAGUGGAAGCUAGUUUAGGUAAUAGUGGAACAAGGUAUGUGGAAGCUUGAACUUGAAUAGAAAGACAGAACAUUUCGGCCAACAGCCUUUCUCAGCAGACAGGACAAAUAAAGAGACUCCAAUAACUAGAAACUGGUUCGAUCGCCAUUGUUAUUGUCGGAAGUUGGGUUUUACAAAAAACAAGAUUACAGGAAGUUAAAGAAUGUAUGAAUUAUUACGGUGAAAAAUUAAGGAAAGUAAGGAAAAUAUAUCUUGGAGAUAUGUAAUAAAUAAGAAAUAGAGGAGCAUUAGCAGGAGAGUAUUUAUUUAAGUAAUUCCAUACGGGGAUGUUGUGCCGAACAGCUGAAUUAAUUUAUUUUAGUGAGUUUAAAUCCAAUUGAGUGGGCUGCUACUGCUAUUCUAUCGUAUGCUAUGAAAGUAGGUUUCCUCUUCAAUGACUUUCUCUUGUAGCUGUCCCAACAAAUAUUGAACACUAAACCAACAGGCGAUCUCUGAAAUGUAGACAGUGUUGUGCCGGUGCAUUUAACGCAGUUCUCUGUGAUUCCGUCACUUAGGUGAACCACCGCGGCUUCAACGACGAGAACCUCUGGGUCGCCAUGACAACACAGUCCCACAUCAUGCCGCUGUCCACCAACUACUGCGUACAAGAUCAGUGUGUACGGGACACGAGGAGGUGAGUACCAUCACAUCACCAUCAUACGCACCAUCUUAUCCCGGCCUUAGAGGCGAGGGAAGAGGAAGGGGUGAGCCAACACACCCAGGGGGAGUUUUUCCCCUUUUCAUUGAAUGAGUCAUCCUUUUUCGGAAAACUAAAAGCAUUUUUAGACCCAAGCAUUAUUUGACCCAAGCAUUAUUUGACCCAAGCAUUAUUUGACCCAAGCAUUAUUUGACCCAAGCAUUUAUAGACCCAAAGCAUUAUUAGACCCAAAGCAUUAUUUGACUCAAGCAUUAUUUGACUCAAGCAUUAUUUGACCCAAGCAUUAUUUGACCCAAGCAUUAUUAGACCCAAAGCAUUAUUAGACCCAAAGCAUUAUUAGACCCAAAGCAUUAUUAGACCCAAAGCAUUAUUUGACUCAAGCAUUAUUUGACUCAAGCAUUAUUUGACUCAAGCAUUAUUUGACUCAAGCAUUAUUUGACCCAAGCAUUAUUAGACCCAAAGCAUUAUUUGACCCAAGCAUUAUUUGACCGAAGCAUUAUUUGACCCAAGCAUUAUUUGACCCAAGCAUUAUUUGACCCAAGCAUGAUUUGACCCAAGCAUGAUUUGACCCAAGCAUGAUUUGACCCGAGCAUUAUUUGACCCAAGCACUAUUUGACCCAAGCACUAUUAGUCCCAAGCAUUAUUAGUCCCAAGCAUUAUUAGUCCCAAGCAUUAUUAGUCCCAAGCAUUAUUAGUCCCAAGCAUUAUUAGACCCAAGCAUUAUUAGUCCCAAGCAUUAUUAGUCCCAAGCAUUAUUAGUCCCAAGCAUUAGUAGACCCAAGCAUUGUUUGGGUGAAGCAUAAAUAGAAUGAUUUUCUUACAUACAGGGUUUCACCAAUGGCAUGUCGGUUGUUUAUUUCUAACGUGCUAUCAAUUUUGAAAACUGAUAACUUAACUUCCAUUAUGGUGACAUUAAAUUUAAGUAAAUCAGCCUGCUACUGUUCUAACAUCUUUUAUCAAGGUUGUAUUACAUUUUUAUGCAUGAUUUUUCAAUUUUCUUUUACCUGUCACUGGCAUUUGGACCAAAAAAGAUAUUUUGAUAUUUUUCAUCCACCAUUUUUAGAUAGAAAAUUAACGGGUUUUUUUCUUUAGCAGUUAAGCUAUUUACCGAAACUAAAGACAAUUCAGCCUUAACACCAGAAUUCGUUGAGAGUUAUAUCCCUUAUCCCGGUCUUGCCCAAUUCCCUCGCCUCACCAUGUGGGUUUCUUCCAAUCUUACAGAGUCACGUUCGCGGUUCCCUUGGAGGUCAUCUAUGCCACGCCCAUCCUCUCCUGGAACCCUUACAACGUGGCCUUCUACCCGGUGAGUCAGGGCUUCUCAAACAAUGUAACACUACAUGCCUCAAAAGGCAGGCUCUUUCAAUUACAUUUAAACAAAUUUCCUUGCAGAAAAUUCCUCGUUGAAUCAAUUAAGUUAAUCUAAUUUGAAUGGGAAUUCUUCAAGAUGGGACAAACACAGUUUCCAUUGACUGUGUGACUAGAACUGUGGAGUCAGACAAUAACACGGCUGUCAUGCAUGAGUUCUAGCACAAACCCAGACACGAGGGAGGAACAGGCAAAGGAUCGAACUUCAUGGAGUUCCACUUUGCACACGAGCCCCAUGCAACAUGAAGUUGGCAGAACAGCGGCUGGAGAGCGCAAGAAUCAUGCCAGGAAGGCCCGGUCUGACUCUGCUCCCGGAGAUGCGCCAUCAUUCCCCUGCACCUACUGCACAAGAGAAUUUCGUGCCAGAAUCGGUCUCAUUAGCCAUCUGCGCACCCACAACCAGCGGUCACGGUCGACUCCCGACUGACCAGCAACAUACAACUUUUUGGAGAUGUUACAAAGAAACAUGUUAUGUAUGGUCAAAUGAAAAUGUUUAAAAAAACUUUACACACCUUCUCUUGGACACUAUCGGAUCCUAGACUCGGGUCACAAAACCUACGUGCGUACCCCAUCAGGAUGUUCAAGAGAGUUGUGUUGAAACGUUAAUGAUUUAGAACCGCUCGUGGUCCCAAUCAACUUUCACGGACUCGUCGUUAUCGGUAAGUCAAAGGGUUAAAGUCUUGGCGGAAGCGACCACGGCGAACAGUUCAACGUGUACCAACUGAUGUUAACCCUUCCAGGGCGUGUGUGGGUCUUGAUAUUGAAGGGAACACCAAACAACUCAGUUCAACACUUUUAAGACGGAAAACAAUAUGUGCGCUGUGAUCAUAACAAAAUUCCAUUUAUCUGGAACCAUUUAAAGCAUUGGUUCUCAACCUUCCUAGUGCCGCGGCCCUUUAAUACACUUUCUCGUGUCGUGGCGACCCCCGGCCACACAAAUAUUUUCGUUGCUUCUUCAUAGCUGUAAGGAUAUGUGUUUUCAGAUGGUCUUAGGCGACCCCUGGGAAAGGGUCUCGCGACCCCCAAAGGUGUCGUGACCCACAGUUUGAGAACCACUGAUUUAAAGCAUCUCAUCUGACCUUCUCUUAUUUUAUCUUAUCUAAUGGCGUGCAUAUUUUAUCACUGUUACCAUUUCCGGUGGUGUGUCAUAAUGAUAGAAUUCAGCCGCAUCUAAUAGUGUGUGUCUUAUUUCAGUAAUGUUUACCAUCAAGCUAGCCGUCCUAUCUAGUAGCAAGGGUGUCUCCCUCGGGGCUCCGGUUGACAAGUCUGUGGUGACUUGCCGAUUAGGAGGCGUCGACCACCGACGCCCUUGACGUUGCCCGCGGAACAAAACCACCAUUGCGUGUCCCGCGUGGGCAGACAAGGUACCUGCCGGAAUAAAACGGCUCCUACAGGGCUGCCAACUGUGAAGUUUCCACAGUUUCACAGUUGGAGGUAAAGGCAGAGACAGGGUAGGGAUCAUGGUUACAAGUUGCCGUUAAUGGAUAUGAGGCGAGAGGUGGAAGCCUCUGGUCGAUGAUUCUAAGUAUGCAGCCGUGAGAAAGUUGCUCCAAGGCAACCGUUUCGUCCCAGCUACUUUGCAAACUAGUUGCGAGUAGAAACCCUCUUAUAGGGCGUCUGACGCUUCCCCGGUUCCCCGGGAUGGGUUGGGGAAGAUGUUAGGACGUAAAUUUACCAUCCCGACUCCUAGGAAAGUCGGUCGUGUGCACUGCACAGUGUUGGGUUGGGGCAGCCUCCUGCGGAACCCGAUCGAGCGGACUCGGGUGGGGGCUGUCCUGGCAAGGGGACAUCUCCAAGGUGACCCUUCGCGACCCGAUACCCGUGCUUGGGGGGGGACGGGACUUUGGGGAGGGUAUAAGGAGCUUUUGCUUGCCGACCCGCUGAUGCCAUUCCCUGUGAUAUUUCAGUAUCGAGGGUGUGGCUGUCUCAGGGGUGGAAUAAAGACCCCUGGGGUGGUUGAAGGCCGGGUGGGUAAGCGGGGUAGGGCGCUGGGGAAGACUUAGUGAGCUUUUGGCUCGAUACUUUGCUGAUUUUCUUUAGUAAGUUAGUUAGUAGCGAGGAUAAUCAAAUCAGAGUUAAGGAUUCUGGGGACAUUGUCGUUUCUGAGUGAACUUUGACCAUUUGUAUAAAAUCAAGUGGCAUUGACAAAAUUGACAAAAUAUUAAUCUGAUGAAUAAGGGGAAGUUAUUCUGGUAUUUAAAAAGAAAAGAUUGUUUAGCUACCGAAGUAUAAUGUUAAGCUACCGAAGUCUAAUGUUAAGCUACCGAAGUCUAAUGUUAAGCUACCGAAGUCUAAUGUUACGCUACCGAAGUUCAAUGUUACGCUACCGAAGUCUAAUGUUAAGCUAAUGAGGUCUAAUGUUAUGUACUAAUAGUAUUUGCUGAUUACUAUUUGUUUCUUCGCGUGACAGGCUGACCCUAAGACUGACACAUUGGCCCAAAGUGUUACGGCCAAUGGCCGAAAUGGUGGCUCGACCCCGGGGACUGCUUACAACGGAACUAACCGAGAAAAUUACUACAGGUGUGUAUUCUAGUCUGCUAUGGUAUGGUUCGUUGUCUGAGCGCCAGUCUAAGGCAGGGGUCCUCAAAACAGGUUUGGGAACUGCUGGUGUAAAAGAAAGCCAAAAAAUGGACGUAAAUAAGAUGUGUUGUCUGGAUACGUGUGUGACGUGGGAAAUCCAGAUUACAUGAAUUAUCUGUGCAACUAAAUGUUUAGAAGAGGCGAGUUACACAGUCAAGACGAGUUGCAUAGUCAAGGCGAGUUGCAUAGUCAAGGCGAGCUACAGAGUCAUGGCGAGUUACACAGUCAUGACGAGUUACACAGUCAAGGCGAGUUACACAGUCAAGGCGAGUUAUAAAGCCUUUGACUCAAGAUCCUACAAGGUGAGUUACAGUCUUUGACUCAAGGUCCUGCAAGGCGAGUUACAGUCUUUGACUCAAGAUCCUGCAAGGCGAGUUACAGUCUUUGACUCAAGAUCCUGCAAGGCGAGUUACAGUCUUUGACUCAAGAUCCUGCAAGGCGAGUUACAGUCUUUGACUCAAGGUCCUGCAAGGCGAAUUACAGUCUUUGACUCAAGAUCCUGUAAGGCGAGUUACACAGUCUUUGACUCAAAAUCCUGCAAGGCGAGUUAGUCUUUGACUCAAGGUCCUGCAAGGUGAGUUAGUCUUUGACUCAAGAUCCUGCAAGGCGAGUUACAGUCUUUGACUCAAGAUCCUGUGAGGCAAGUUACAGUCUUUGAUUCAAGAUCCUGCAAGGCGAGUUACAGGCUUUGACUCAAGAUCCCACAAGGCGAGUUACAGUCUUUGACUCAAGAUCCUGUAAGGCGAGUUACAGUCUUUGACUCAAGAUCCUGCAAGGCGAGUUAUAGUCUUUGACUCAAGACCCUGCAAGGUGAGUUAGUCUUUGACUCAAGAUCAUGCAAGGCGAGUUACAGUCUUUGACUCAAGAUCCUGUAAGACGAGUUACAGUCUUUGACUCAAGAUCCUGCAAUGCGAGUUACAGUCUCUGACUCAAGAUCCUGCAAGGCGAGUUACAGUCUUUGACUCAAGAUCAUGCAAGGUGAGUUAGUCUUUGACUCAAGAUCCUGCAAGUUGAGUUACAGUCUUUGACUCAAGAUCCUGCAAGGCGAGUUAGUCUUUGACUCAAGAUCCUGCAGCAUGUUUUACAUGUUACAACGGGGCGGGGUUAUCUGGCUGUUCUGGUGAAAGUAUAUAAACAAAACUAAACGGAACAAUGUAUUCGGCCUGACAUAAACACCUUGUACGCCGUUAAAGGAAUCGUUCAUUUCUAUCCUCGAUAUCCCCCCGUCCAUGUCUCCCUUCAAUACUACAAUAUUCCCCUCCAUAUCUCUCUUCGAUACUACCCAUAGCCCCCAUCCAUCAUGUCUGCCUUUGAUACUACCCAUAGCCCCCAUCCAUUAUGUCUGCCUUUGAUACUACCCAUAGCCCCCAUCCAUCAUGUCUCCCUUCCAUACUAACCAUACCCCCCAUCCAUCAUGUCGUCCUUCGAUACUGCCCAUAGUCCCCAUCCACUAUGUCUGCCUUUGAUACUACCCAUAGCCCCCAUCCAUCAUGUCUCCCUUCCAUACUACCCAUACCCCCCAUCCAUCAUGUCGUCCUUCGAUACUGCCCAUAGCCCCCAUCCAUCAUGUCUCCCUUUCAUACUACCCAUAUCCCCCAUCCAUCAUGUCUCCCUUCCAUACUACCCAUAUCCCCCAUCCAUCAUGUCUCCCUUCCAUACUACCCAUAUACCCCCUCCAUCAUGUCUCCCUUCGAUACUACCAAUAUCCCCCAUCCAUCAUGUCUCCCUCCGAUACUAUCAAUAUCCUCCGCCCAUCUCUCCCUCCAUGCUACCAAUAUCCUCUUUCCAUCUCUCCACUAAGUCUAAACAUAGCUCUGUUGUACGUCUCAAGUAAGCCAAUGUCGAUCUCCCCCCUUCUCUACGUCUCCAAUAAGUCAAUGACCAUCCUCCCUUCUCUACGUCAUAAGUAAGAAAAUGUCAAUCUCCCCCCCCCCUUUCUCUAGUCUCCAGUAAGCCAAUUUUCAUCCCCCUUCUCUACGUCUCCAGUAAGCCAAUGUCCCUCUGUACGUCUCAAGUAAGCGAAUGUCCAUCUCCCCCACUCCUUUUUCAGUCCAUCUCUCCACCCCCCUUCCCCCCUUAUCCCACCCCCCCUUAUGCCCAUCAAGUCUCCCUUGAGAGACCGUUCAGAUCGUCGGGGAAAUCUCCGGAUUGCAUAUUCGAUCUGACCAAUCGAUACUGAUUCAGUGGAAUCGGCUCUUAAUUAGGGCCAACAUUCUAGGGCCAAUAUUCUUGGGCCAACAUUCUAGGGCCAAUAUUCUUGGGCCAACAUUCUAGGGCCAAAAUUCGCUCCAAAUCAAUUUCAGCUUUACAGCUUUACACACUGGACAUUUACUCAAUGUCCGAAAGAUAUUCUGUACAGUUGGAUCGUUUCAUUGUGUGUGUCUGUGUCUCUGGGUCCCGUAAUCGACCUCAGCUUUAUUGUAUUGUAUUUUCCCUUAAUAAUGUAAUCGACUCAAAUGUAAAGUAUUCGUUCAGUAAAAGAAACGGUGUGUCAGGCUUUCCUUCAAGGAUCGCUUCCGGAAUCGACUAUCUCUUAAACCCGCCGCCAUGACGUCAUAAAGCCAGCAGUAAUUGUGUCCAAAUGAGGGCGCAUAUUUUUUGCGGAUAAAGCGGAAAUGAGACCACUAAUGAUGUAUCUUGAUUUUAUUACAUUUCUUAUGGGCUUUGUAGAGUCGAGGAUCGUUUUCCACCCAGUGGUGUAGAAUAAUUUAAGUUCAUACUUACAGUCAAUGUUUUGAAGGCGCUUCCAGUCUGAUCAUCUAUGCGUACACUGAUGGCUGCCGCAUCAGAAAACAUUUCAAGACCCGGCCGCAAGUACUAUUGAAUCAUCCCAGGCCGUGUUUCUUGAAUCCAUUUCGCCUUUUAAAAGAAGACAAAUGUUGUUCCUUCUUUCUAUAUUUAGAACACCCGUGGGAUUCUACGCCAGCAGCGAUGUGGAGGCUGAUACCGCGGACACGGCCAAGGGGUCAGUUGGAGUGCUGGACAAACAAGGAAUUGUCCGACAAAUGGCGGCUUCUGGACCUCGCAUCAUUACCCCAGACAUCCAGGGGGUGGGCACGGUGCGGCUAAGAUACCCCAUCUUCCCUGUCCACUCCGAGGGCAGCACGGUCGGCAGAGAAUUGGUGGUAAAUGUAUUUAUUGGAAUCUAACCUUUUGGGGGGGGGGGGGGUUGAGUGGUAAAGGUGCGGCUCCCCAGAGAUGAUAAAAAUAGGUUUAGGGGGGUGGCGGUGUGGCGGGGAGUUGCAUCAAUUAGCUCCAUUUUUAGCUCCAUUUUUAGCUCCAUUUCAGGUUUGCACCUAGUUGGAUUGGUUUGUCGGCGAAGAUCGGGUGUUGGUGCAUCAUCACGUGACAUGAGAAGCUGGUGAAGUCCAGCAAUGAACGGUGUUGGGUGUAAAGAUGAAUGGUGUGUAUGGGUGUUGAAGCAAUGAACAAGGCGGAUGUCAAUGAAGCGCUUCAAGUUUUUGACAGACAUUUUGAUAACGUCCACACUGUGACAUGAGAGAUUUGACAUAAUGUACACACAGUGGCAUGAGAGAUUUGACAUAACGUGCACACUGUGACAUGAGAGAUUUGACAUAACAUGCACACUGUGACAUGAGAGAUUUGACAUAACGGGCACACAGUGACAUGAGAGAUUUGACAUAACGUGCACACAGUGACAUGAGAGAUUUGACAUAACGUGCACACAGUGACAUGAGAGAUUUGACAUUAACGUCCGCACAGCGUUACUAUGUCCUUGUGGUAAGAUGGGUGCAUGUGGGGAUCAGCUUCGACGGACACAAGGGAAAAUUGUUAUUAUCAUGAAUCCUUAUUCUCUACCGUAUCUAAGGUAGAAGGUGUCACAUUUAUGUUACCGUAUCUAAGGUAGAAGGUGUCACAUUUAUGUUACCGUAUCUAAGGUAGAAGGUGUCACAUUUAUGUUACCGUAUCUAAGGUAGAAGGUGUCACAUUUAUGUUACCGUAUCUAAGGUAGAAGGUGUCACAUUUAUGUUACCGUAUCUAAGGUAGAAGGUGUCACAUUUAUGUUACCGUAUCUAAGGUAGAAGGUGUCACAUUUAUGUUACCGUAUCUAAGGUAGAAGGUGUCACAUUUAUGUUACCGUAUCUAAGGUAGAAGGUGUCACAUUUAUGUUACCGUAUCUAAGGUAGAAGGUGUCACAUUUAUGUUACCGUAUCUAAGGUAGAAGGUGUCACAUUUAUGUUCUUUUAUGUUCUUUUUUUUUAAAUUACUUUAUUUGUUGGGGUUUUUAAUGGCGCUGAUGGGAAUCACGUUCAGCGUGUCAUGCGUGACCAAACAAGUGUUUGUCGGGGUGAGGAGGUGGUGGGCUUAGCAUUAAUCUUUCAUUUUCCAACUCUGGUAUCCGGGAUGGAUUCAUUGGAUUCUCAAUUUAAUAUUAAAAUCCAUCCUUAGGUUUUCAAAUUGAAAUUUUUUCUACCUUUUUUUAAAAAAUUAUUUUGUUUCUUCUCAUUAUGUUUCAUAGGCAUUAAAAGAAAUUGUCAUGAAGAUGACGCAGUAUGCACAUUUACUGGGUGAAGGUCAAGGAGGUUAUCUUCCGAGCAACCCGGAUGUUCAUUUUAUUCUUGCUGAGACCUACCAGUAAGUAAAUAGAGAAGAAAAAACUAUUUUUUUUAAAAAAAGCUUUUAUAGUAACCUUAAGUCAUACCUUUUCGGCACUGAUUAGCAUACCGUAGUAGGACGAGGUCUUAUCGAGACGCUUUACCAAGUUGGCAAGCUCUUCUAACCAGUGCCGACAAAAAUGAUGACAAAUGAAACCACAGGCAUCACCACUGAAAUUUAAGGUCGGGGAGGACAGACUAGAGACUGUAGGCCGCUUCAAAUACCUAGGAGCAAUAGUCUCAGAAGAAGGCUCCAAGCCCGAACUGAUGUCCAGGAUUGCGCAGACUACAACAGCACUAAAGAGGCUCAAGAAAAUAUGGAAUUACAAGAAUAUAGCCCCCAGCACCAAAAUCAGGCUGAUGCGCUCAUUAGUCCUCUCAAUUUUCCUGUAUGCCUGCGAAUCCUGGACAUUAACAGCCGAUCUUGAAAGGAAAAUAAAGGCGAUGGGGAUGAGAUGCUUCAGAAGCAUUUUUGGCAUCUUCUAUAGCAGUGGUUCUCAACCUUCCUAAUGCCGCGACCUAUAAUACAGUUUCUCGUGUCGUAACGCCCCCCAGCCACACAAUUAUUUUCGUUGCUUCUUCAUAGCUCUAAGGAUAAUAUGUGUUUUCAGAUGUCUUAGGCGACCCCUGAGAAAGGGUCUCGCGAUCCCCAAAGGGGUCGCGACAAACAGGUUGAGAACCGCUGUGCUAUAGGGACCAUAUCUCCAAUGACACAGUGAAAGAAAGGGUUCGCCAGGCAAUUGGAGUACGAUGACCUACUGGUGACUGUGAAAAAACGCAAACUACAAUGGCACGGCCACGUAACAAGGAAACAAGGGCUUGCCAAAGAAAUAUUGCAGGGCACCACAAGAGAAGGGAGAAGAGGAAGACAAAGAAAAAGAUGGGAGGAUAACAUCAAAGAGUGGACAGGACUAACACUGGGCGAUGCUGUGCGUAGUGCAGAAGACAGAGACGAAUGGAGGAGGAUAGUUCACAUGUCAUCUGUGGCGCCCCAACGGUCCAAGGACUAAGGGACAUGAUGAUGAUGAUGAAGUCAUACCUUAAGUCGCACGAAGUCUCCAAUUCUUUGCAACUUAUCUAAUCAAAUAUACAUGACCUCACAUAUUACAUAGCAUUAAUUCAUGUGUCAAGCAAUGUUUGAAAUAGUUUUCAACAUCCAUUCGACUCAUUGUUUUUCAAGUGAUUUAUGUUGACACACUGGUGUGUCUGUGUCGCAAGUUUUAAAAUUAAUUAGUGGGGACUGGGGAUUCAAAUGUGGGAGCUGGAUGUUUUACAGCGCGCGUGCACGCACACAGAGAGCAAAAGUGUGUGCGGGGAGGGGGAGAGGGAGGGGUGGGAAGAAAGAAUCAAAGAGAGAGAGAGAGAAAAGAAAGACACAGAGGGAGAGUAAAAAUUAUUAUAAAAAAGAGAGGAAAAAAGAAAGACGCGGAGGGAGGGAGGGAGGGGGAGAGAGAGGGAGUGGGUGGGGAGAGAGAGGGAGUAGGUGGGGAGAGAGAGGAAGUGGGUGGGGAGAGGCUGUUGCCGUUCUAGGAGGGGGAGAGAGAGGGUGUGGGUGGGUAGGGAGUGGGUGGGGAGAGAGAGGGAGUAGGUGGGGAGAGAGAGGAAGUGGGUGGGGAGAGACUGUUGCCGUUCUAGGAGGGGGAGAGAGAGGGUGUGGGUGGGGAGAGACUGUUGCCGUUCUAGAUAAUGGGUGGCCAAGAUCGUGAAGAAGCGAGUCCGAUUCAAACCGCCACGCCCUCCCCCUCCCCUCUCCAUGCCCACCUCCCCCUCCCAACUCCACGCCCACCUCUAAAUCCACUUACAAACAUCAAGAUUCAAGGCCGUUCAAUACCGGGUUCCAAAGAUGGAGGCGGUGACAUCUGGUCGGUUGAUGGUGGUUAGUGGAGUCAAACCUGGGCAUCCGACUGUGAUGAUUUGGAAUACGGUGGUGGGGGGAGGGGAAUGUGUGGCGGUGAGAUGUGUUCUUUGAUGUCCUUGUAGCAGAAGUCAAGACAGUGGUGCUGCUGGUGCUGCUGUUGGUGGUUGUUCUGUUCAAAGUCUUCGAUUUCACGAUCAGUGGUUGCUGGAGUGGACAAAAGAAACUGUCGGUGGAGGGGGGGCAACUGGUGUGGAGGGGCAACUGGUGUGGAGGGGCAACUGUCGGUGGAGGGGGGGCAACUGGUGUGGAGGGGGUGAUGUGAGAGGUCGAGAAUCUUGUCAAGUGUUACCCGUAGUAGUUUGAACCAUACUCUUUACAGCCGAACCCGCUUAUCUCGACCUCGGAUUUCUCACCAACCCUGUUAUGUCGACGUAUUUUGAAGUGGAACCGCCAAAUUCUUCCUUUGUCUUGGAAUUAUCUCCUCGGGUAUGUCCAUUCUCUUAUGUCGCCGAAUCAUGAUAUCUCGAGCACAAAAGGCGCCAAAUUCGCCACUUAACAUCGGUUAUCUCGAUCCCCAUGACCCAUCGCCGGCUUUUAAAAAUUAUAUACAACAGAAACGUGCCUAACUCCAACUGUAGUAAUUGAAAUGAAAUGACAAUAUCGUUGUCUACGCAAUUAACUUGACGCAGCAAGAAGCGAAGAGCGAUAGGCUUGCAAUCAAAAGAGAGAAGCGAGGUCGCAGUACCUGUUCUAUUUAUAGCCAACCCGUUUGACGCUUAUAAUGCUUAAUAGGUUUUCACACGUUCUUACAUGGUGAUUUUUGUUUUUAAACCCCUGAAUCUGUAUUUGAAUAAACUGAACUGGCGAAUCCGGAGCGAGAGAAAAUAAAAACUCGCGAAUCCGGAGCUGAAAAUAUUUAGCCUCUCGAAUCCGGAAUUCCGGGAUAAUCCGGAAAAGUGGCACUCCAUAUAUGCCUUGUGUUAUUAGCAAACAUGUGUGUACAUUUGUGUACACGUGUGUGUACAUUUGUGUAGCACAUGUGCGUAGCAUGCCGACAUGUGUGUACAUUUGUGUAGCAUGCCGACAUGUGUGUACAUUUGUGUAGCAUGCCGACAUGUGUGUACAUUUGUGUAGCAUGCCGAUCGCAACAUCUCAACAAUCGCGGCAACGCUGUUAUGUAAAAAAAUCCAAAGACAUGCGCACAUCAUGUACAUUCUUAUUUCUAAACGCACAUCAUGUACAUUCUUAUUUCUAAACGCACAUCAUGUACAUUCUUAUUUCUAAACGCACAUCAUGUACAUUCUUAUUUCUAAACGCACAUCAUGUACAUUCUUAUUUCUAAACGCACAUCAUGUACAUUCUUAUUUCUAAACGCACAUCAUGUACAUUCUUAUUUCUAAACGCACAUCAUGUACAUUCUCAUUUAUAAACGCACAUCAUGUACAUUUUUAUUUAUAAACGCACAUCAUGUACAUUCUUAUUUAUAAACGCAUAUCAUGUACAUUCUUAUUUAUAAACCCACAUCAUGUACAGUUUUAUUUAUAAAUGCACAUCAUGUACAUUUUUAUUUAUAAACACACAUCAUGUACAUUCUUAUUUAUAAGCGCACAUCAUGUACACUAAGAAAUUUCAAGCAUAUAUUUCCGCCAUAUCGGUUUUCGUUUAUCUCGAUUAUCGGUUAUCUCGACGUUUUUUUUGCAAACCCAGAGGCCGUCGACAUAAUCGAGUUCUACUGUGUAUGGGGGACUGCUUUCAGGCCGCGUGCUGUAAAUAAAUAAUGGGAAAAGAUGUGUUUAGGCUUGGAGACAAAUGACACGACAAUCGAAGGAACGUUUCGGCCAGACGCCUGCUUCAGCCGACAGUACAGUAACCGAUCAAUUUAUAUUAAAAAAUAAAACGCAAGUCUAAUUGUUCUGCCUGCUGAAGAAGGCGUUGAGUCUAAAUGCUCUGCCUGCUGAAGAAGGCGUUGAGUCUAAAUGCUCUGCCUGCUGAAGAAGGCGUUGAGUCUAUAUGUUCUGCCUGCUGAAGAAGGCGUUGAGUCUAAAUGCUCUGCCUGCUGAAGAAGGCGUUGAGUCUAAAUGCUCUGCCUGCUGAAGAAGGCGUUGAGUCUAAAUGCUCUGCCUGCUGAAGAAGGCGUUGAGUCUAAAUGCUCUGCCUGCUGAAGAAGGCGUUGAGUCUAAAUGCUCUGCCUGCUGAAGAAGGCGUUGAGUCUAAAUGCUCUGCCUAAACAAAUCUUGUUCAAGAGUUUAGUUGUUAGUUUUACCACAUGUAUACGCAUGGGCGCCCGCAGAAAGCUUUCUAGGGGAGGGGGGGGCAAAAAAAUCCAUUAACUUUCCAGCGGGGGGGGGGNGGGGGGGGGGGGGGAUUUUUUAGUAAUGUUUUAAUAUAGAGAUAAUUUACUGUAACGUAUUUGUAUGGUGAACGAGCGGACAGGACAUCAGCUUAAUUACUUUCUCUUUAUUUUCUCUUUACUUUAAUACAUUUUUUCUCUAUUUUUGUCUAAUUUUUUUUUUAUCCAAUCAAUCCAGGGGGGGGGGGGCAAAUGCCCCCUUGCCCCUACCUGCGGGCGCCCAUGUGUCCACACCAAAAGAUCGUUUGAUUUCACGUUACAUGCUGCCGUUGAGCUCCAACUGUAACCAGUUUAUGGCAGAUACAGUUUGUUUUUUUAAUUAUUAAGCUUGCAACGGAUGCCCUUCUCUUUCUCUCAGGGGGUGUGUGUGUGGGGGGGGGGUCUGAUAUACCUUUAAUAUGUUUUUUUUAAAAGGCUUGGGCUUAAUUCCAUUCUCCCCUCCCCCCUCCCCAAGUCACGUCACACCGCCUAAGAUUUGCCCACGGUACGUUUGUUGCAUAGAGUCAUAGAGUAUAUAAGUUAUAAAUAGAAUCUAGUUUCUUAACUGUCCUAAUCGACACGGCCGCACAAGCCAAUUUUUUGUUAAUCUCCUGAUUUAUAUCUUUAGUAUCAGAAGUUUAUUUGAUUCCAUUAAACAGUUCACUUCAAAAAAAAAAUUAUGCAUGAAGUCGGCAACAGGUUACGUCAAUGAAGAGAAAAGAAAGGCAAAAAUUGAUUGAAAUUGUUAGCCAGCGCCACCAGAUGAUCAAGUCAUAUUUAUAUUGGCGUAUUUAAGUUUUCUAUAUGGUUAGCGGAAAUUUGAUCGAAAGAAAUUUUGUCGACGGUAAAUUGAUCGAAGGAAAUUUGAUCGAACGGAAAUUAGGUCGAAUCUAUUUUUCAGUUCACACGUUCAAAUGUUCUUAAAAUUUCCUUUUGACCGCACUACACUAUACUAUGUAGACCACACUACACUAUACUAUGUAGUAAAACAAAAUUAUGCGCCCAAAAAGAAAUCUGAAGCAAAAUUCUAAUGUAAAAACUGAAAAAAAAUAUUCGACUUCGACCAAAUUUCUCCAUUGAUGCCCGUCGCCCUCGCGCCUCCUAUUGUUGUCCCCCCCCCCCCCAAACAAGUUCCCCCCCUUAUACAAUGUAGUAAAACAAAAUUAAGCGCCAAAAAAAAAAACUGAAGCAAAAUUCUAAUGUAAAAACUGAAAAAAAAUAUUCGACUUCGACCAAAUUUCUCCAUUGAUGCCCGUCGCCCUCGCGCCUCCUAUUGUUGUCCCCCCCCCCCCCAAACAAGUUACUCCGCACAUUUUGAGGGGUUCUCAAAUUCUGUUUCAGAAACCCGCCAGGACUUCAUUCCCACGACCUCGUGCUGACAGGGGCGGAGAACGCCGCGGUCCUGGCGGGGAACGACACCCUGGUGGUGACGUCACUCGCCCUCGGCCACACGCACGAGCUGAAGGUGCACUUUGACAAAACGCUCAGCGCCUACGUGUACGUCACCUGUGACGGCAUGGCCAGCUGCUGGGACGGACACGCGCGACGUCUCGUGCUGGACGAGUGAGAACUCACGUGACCGACCCUGACCUUGGGUCGAGAGGAAACCUAUUGCAUUUGAUGAUUACGACCUUUGAAACUUGGCCACAUGUGCAUAGUCUUGUUUGUCUAAGAUAUAUUUAAUCAUGUGUCAUGUCUAUUUAUUUGUACCAUUUUUUUACAGUAAUAAUAAAAUACAUACAUCGAGUCAUC